UGCUGUUAUUGGCUGCUAGCUUGCUGUCAGUCAACAUUGCAUACAAACGAAAAACGAAACCGGUGAAAGAUUGUAGAUGGCCAGCGGAAACAACCGAAACAUGUGGAUAGAAGGGAUAGGAGAUGAUGCGCUGUUAGCCGUUGGAGGCUUCUUUGGAAUGUUUAUUCUCUUGGUGCUGAUGGUUCAACAGAGGCAACGGCAGCAUAUACAUCCGGAGAAUGUGCAAUUAGCUGAGGAAACUCGGGAGGAACUAAACCAUCAGAGAGCUGAAAAUCAGACUGAGACAGACGAUGCAAACACACAGACAGAAGGACAGCAGGAGGGCACGCCUCAUACGAGGCCAGUCAGGGAGAACCAUGGCCAACAUGACUGUCCAGUCUGCCUUGGGCAGGCCGAGUUCGCCAUACAGACAAACAGCGGACACAUUUUCUGUGGAGCUGGUCAUGGACCUUUGCCGUCCUUCAUCCAGAGCCUUCCACAGCGAUGGCAGAUAUAUUGCUGCUUGGAUCAACACUUGACCAUGCCGUUCAGUCCAGGAUCACAGUAGCAGCCAUGACAACAUCAACAGAAUGACAUCUGCCUAUGGAUGCAUACAUUUUGCACCUCUCCCUUGUGCUGUCAGAUUGAAACGUCUCUACUCUGACAGAAGGAAGUGAAUGAAUCCCCAGGAUUGUUCCUCCGGAAAAUCUCUUCAACCGGCUGUUGACAGUUUGCAUGCUCUUUGGAUGGAAUUACCUUAGCUUGGCUUGCAGAGAAUCUGUUAUGUAAAAAAUUGGGCUGCUUUGUGUUAUUAAUUUAUUGACCUUAAAUGUAUUUUAUAUGUAUUUUGCCACUAUUGUAAAAAAACAAUGGGCAUAUGCACUAGCAUAUGUUUGCAAACAGACACAUUUUAUUUUUGUAAAUAACUUGAAAAUACAUUUUGUAGGUUGACCUCAGACCAUGAAAGAUUAAUGGUAGGUUAUCUUUGACCAGCACAUGACCAGUAUUGUUUUUGAAGUUUGUUGGUCAAAGGUGAUGGUCAUGGCAAACAGUGGUUAUUCUGCAUAAUGACUCUUUAAUUCUUUGACCUUAUACCAUUGAUAUUUAGUGAUUGAUAUAUCAGUCCAACACAUAUGUAACAUGGUCCUGCUGAAAUUCAGCAAGAACUUAUUAGCAUUGCAAAUCAUUAUUUGUGCAUGUAACUGUAAAUACUAUUACGCUUUGUGUCAGAAACUUGACCGUCACAAAUUAGGGUCAUUGCUGAUCUUAUCUUGUUUCAUUAUUUUGCAUGUUUUGUCUCAGAAGCAUCCUUCAUUGAAGAUUAAACAAUAGAACAGAUCUCAAUUGUGUGAAAAACUGCUGAAAAUUUUUAAUUUCUUAAAGCGUCUAUAAGUAACUUUUGUAGCCAUAAAACAUCGAUUAUCAAUUCAAGGGGGUGAAAGCAAAAAGGUUCUAUCUGCUUCUUUAUUUAAUGUCACUUAGAACAUUUUUGCAUUCACCCAUCUUAUUGGAAAAACUAUCUGAUCUUUUGACAGCAGUAAUAUAUAUCACUGUUUUCCAGACAUCUAGCAAAUAUACCUCAUUUCAAGACAAUAAAGAUGUCAAAUCAGUCGAUCCAGCUGUGAGAGAGCAGCUUUAAACAAAGACUAUUUGAUAUGUUAUGUUUCAGAGCCAAUGUUUUUGUAUAAUUAUAUAAAAAGUUUUGCAUUUACAUGUUAUUAAAUCUGUGUAAUUUAUUCAACUUCCUUAUUAUGUCAAUAUUGUAAAAAGGUUAUAAAAUAGGCUAAAUAUGCACCAUGCACAUGAAUUGUUUAAAAUCACCCUGAGCCUCACUGCAAACAUUUAAAACUGUAUAAUUUUCAUAUCUGAGGGAGAGGCAUGUGUCAAAAGCUUGUGCCCUUAUUCACCCCCUCUUAUAUCAAUUCCUGCUUGUAUUUAAUACCAGGAAAUCACUGAUAAUGCUAUUAAUAGUAAAACAUUCUUUAUGGUCAAAAGUCAAUAUUACAGUCAUUGCUUUUUAAACAAAUUAUUUUAAUAAAUUUAUGUAAGAUCUUUGCAUUUACUGACAGAUAAUUGUCUUAAUUAGUUAAGAGAACAAUAAAAGGUUAAAAUUCA